AUGGGCCGACCUCCUAAGAUAGUUAGCCAGCGGAAAAUUGAAAAAUUUCAAUUGGAGUUGGAAUUGGCUGGCCAAGAUGCGGAAAUAUUAUUGAAAGAUAAAAAAGGAAGAUCAAGAUCGUGUCUACUUUGUCAGCGUCGAAAAAGACGCUGUGAUCAUAACAUGCCUAGUUGCACAGCAUGUUUAAAGGCGGGAGUGAAGUGCAUUCAACCACCUAAGUAUGCAAGCCCGGGGCCGCUCGAAGAAGUGCCACCGGUAUCCACAUUGGAUCGACCGAAACCUCUAUUCCAAGUUGAGUUAUCAGGAGGGCAAACGCUGAGUAAAAAAAAUGAAAAAUAUGACUAUACGAGACUCUUGGAAAAGAAGCUCAAGCACUUGGAAGCUAUCGUUGAGAUGCCAUUUACUGAAGAAUCACUGAGAGAUGAACUUGCCAAUUACAAGCGAGUAUCUCAUCUUCUGGAUGUGGCGGGGCUCGAAGAACCACAAGGGCAACAAACCAGAAUUGCUACGGGUAGUGCAGGCACUUCAACCCCUCAGUUUUCAAUGGCCCCGCCUUUAUCUUCUGCAGCAUCGUCGCCUAUCUUACCCCCACUGCAGACCGUAAAGCUUUACCCUCUGCAACCAGAACCACACAAUAAGGGCAGAUCGCCCUUAAGGGACAAUGUUGGGAAUUGUCUUGCUUCACUGACUUCUGACUCCUUGGAACCUAUUGACUUCUCGCAGUGUAUUUUCGCAAAAUACAACCUUCGAGAUUUUUUGUCAUACGACCCUGCAUUUGAGUUUGAAGAGCAGUUGUCUCGAGCAUUUCUCGACACCUACUUCACAAGGCUUCAAUUCAAAUAUCCUUUACUAGAUGAGCAGGAAGUAUACUUAUUUCACGAUAAUUACAGCAGCAACAAUGUUUAUUCCUACUCUACGGAAGAAUUCCACUUUGGAUGUGGGAGGAUGUGGCUUAUAUUUAGUAUAAGUGCCUGCUUGCACAUGUCGGCAGGCAAGUACCUGGGUCUCCCACCCAACCGAUAUUUUUCGACAGCAAUUCGUCAUAUCACGAAAUGCGGGAAAAACCUUACGCACCUCCAACAAGUGGAGGUGCUAACCUUGUUGGUUCUAUACAUCAUCCGAACCGACCGUGAUUCUAGUGGACUUUACGAGAUCAUGAAAGACAUUAUGUCGAUUUGUAAGGACAAACUAAAUCUCAAUAAACUCAACAGCUCGGGGCAUAUUGACGGUAAAAAUUUAAGGCUUUUUUGGUGCGUAUAUCUUAUGGAAAGGACAAUCUGCGUUGCUGUGGGGAAGCCAUAUACGAUCGCCGAGUCAGAUAUAGAUCUACCAUUGUUCGACGAAGUAAGUUUCAAUAACAGUCUAAUAAGUGAUCAAAAAAGGCACAAGCGUGGGGUACAUUUUAUCAACCAAUCAUUGAAAUUAAGAAGAAUAGAAUCUCAAUUUGUGGAGGCAUUACAAAUAAUCCCACAAAUGCCAAGCAGAUCGUCGGAGAACCAUAAAGAAACGACAGAGCUUGCGAAACAACUACCGCAAGUUAAAAAAUACUUUCAUGAUUUGGAGAUAUGGAGGUCGAACUGCUCCACAUCUCACGUUCUUAGCUUCGAGAAUGAAACGCUAAAACUUUAUUAUUUCAGGUCUGUGCGUUUACUAAUUCAGCCUUACCUAGAACUGUUAGAACCUGAAAACCGCUUAUUUCGGGAGUGCCAAGCAGCUGCUGGCCAGAUUUGCCAGCUGUAUAAAAUUUUUCAUCAAAAAACUGUCUAUGGUCAUUCAACGCCUGCAGUACACACGGUAUUUGUCGCCGGUGUUACUCUUAUUUAUUGCAUGUGGGUAACAAGAAAUCUGGACGAUGAAAGGCGCAGAAAAUUGGGUGACGUUUCCAAGCAUACAAGGCCACUUGUAAGCGCUAGCCUGUUCUCCAUUAUGGAUGAUCUAAGGGCCUGUUCGGUGUGUUUAUAUGUGAUGACAGAAAGGUCAAAAUUUGCCAUCACUUUUAGAGACACUUUUGAUCAACUUAUGAAUGCUACAAUUGGGAAUUUGAUUGAGCGAUGCGGCCCUGAUUCUGCCGAGCUCAUAUAUAUCAAUGAAGACGCCAGCGAUCAAGAUUCAUCAUAUGAUGCUCAUUCCGAGAAGUCAGAUGACUUUCAAAUGCAACAGGAUGCUCAAACACACCAAGAGGGAAUGCCACCUGCGAUCAGACGUACAUUUGGCUCUUCUGGAGAUGCGCACGUCAGUUUCGUUAAGAUCGAUCCCGAAGAACAGAAAGUUUUAGAGAAAAAGCGGGGUGACCUACAAAAAGCCACUGUUCCUCAAAAGCUAUCUCACCUUUUAGCGCCUGAUAUCGAAGACGACGAUAUUGAUAGCCCAGGUAGGUCAACAAGACGUAAGUCCACAGGAUCAGGCCGACAGCUGACAGAGAAGGACAAGUACUUUGUGAAAAAACCUGCUCACAUCACCGAAUCUGAUUGGCAGGCAUUCCAGCAACAGGCCUUUUUACAGCAACAUCACGCCCAGCAAACUCUACAAGCGUAUUUGUCAUCUUUGAGCGGAAUGUUGGGCGACAGACAUCAAGAGGACCGGUGUACUUCUCAUAUCAGUGCGAACAAACUGGAGAAGAAAAUAGUAACAGACGAUGUGAGUGCGUCUAAACCAAUGCCUGUUUCAUCGACCGCCCCAGUGAUCGAUCCUCACACCCAGCCAAAUCAUGAUAAUGAAAAUGAGAGUACUGCUUCUGAAAACGCACCUAAGGCAAUAGUACGGUCAACGCGUCCACCUUUUAGGACACCUCAAAGAAGCGUUUCGAACAGGCUCUCCAAUGGCUUUAUGGGUUCUGAAGACUAUGGUGGGGUGUUCUUUAACAAUGGGACUCACAAUAUGAUAAACAAUAUUUCGACGUGGACGAAUGAUUCAGUUGUUGAUCUAAUGAAUAAUUGCCAAAUGGAUUACGGUUUGGUGUCAAACGUGAACCCUUCAGAUAUGCCAUCACGUACGGGUACUACGGUGGGCGGAGGUCAUGGGCAUUGGGGCCAGUAUCAAAUGCCUCCAAAUCCAACUGGCCUUAUUUCAACCUCAGAGAUAGGGCCAUCUGCGGCACAACAGCAGCAGGAUAAGCAAAGACAAUUUUCUAAUGGCAUAAACCAUAAUCAAAUACAUCAGCGAGAAACAUAUGGAAAUCAACCCUUCAGUAAGGAUCAAGAAGCCCGCCAACAAUCUUUAAGCACUUCGCAGCUGCAAUCGCAGCAGCUUGUAAAUUCAAUUCCUAGCCAACAGAUAGAGCAUCCUUAUGCGCCGUCACACCCUUCGCGUCUUACAAGUCAGCCUGUUCGUGGAUACCUUCAGGCAGAUAUAGCGUUUGGAACACCAGUAGAAGAUUUUUGGGCUGUCGAUGAUGACUAUGGGUUUCUGGCUUAA